AUGAGCCAUAAAAGAUCGGCGGAUAUGAAAAUGGACGAUGAGAACUCGCACAAAGCGUCCAGAAAAGAUACGACUCUACAAGGAUCGAGUUUGGAAGAGCUGAAGGACGGAAAUCAGAAUGUGGAGGCCAGCGAAAAUAAGCAGCCGGAGACGGAAGUGAUCAGUUCGGGAGGAGAGAAGCAGAAAGAAGAAGAAGGAGCCGUGGCCGUCGGAGUGGAACUAAGUGAGGAGCAGAUUAGCAGAGCGUUGAGAAUGGAGAGCGGCGAGGAUAACGAACUGGAGGAGAGGUCAGGAAGUUUGGAUCAACUUCUGCCGACUAUCCGAAAAAGAGAUGGACCAGUGAGCAAUGAAGACUUCCGGAAGCUCUUUCUCGCCCUUUGCGGUGAUACUGGUGAGCGGUAUUCUCUAGAAGUUGUUUCAAAUGAUUGUACAAUUUCAGGAAAGGAAUAUGACUCGGACGAUUCGGAAAUCUCGGAUAUUAUGGACGAGAAAGAAGCAGAAGAGAAAGACGUGAGAAUUCCAGACAGUCAGAAAGUUUCUAAUCACUUCUCGUUUGCAGAGAAAUUUCAAAGAGUGCAUGGAGUCGAUCAAGACUAUGGACAAGGACUACGCACAUAUCAAAGCACUUCUGAAGAUUGGAAAUGAGACGGUCGAGGAGAAAGAGGCAAGACGACGUGCUAUGAGAGAGCUGAAAGAGGGUCUGACGACGGACGAGCAGAAGGAAGCUGCGGAGAAGAAGUGGCAGCAGAAGAAGAAUCGGCAGAUCGAAAGAGUCAAGGAGGUGGUGCAGGUGUUCUCGGACGAGGACUGUCCGAAGAAUCUGUCGCUUGUUCCGUGCAGAGUCUUCGGAUCGCUUCUCGAAGCAAUGACUGACCUUCUUCCGAAAGACGACGAGUCCACGGAGUACGCUGCGACGAUCGCGGCGAUUGACGAGCAAGAGUUGACAAAACGUAUCAAUUACUACAGUAUAAUGUGCCACUUCCACACGGAGGGUAAGACCGUUGAGAAGUUCCUGAAGAAGAAAGCGCGCAAGAUUCUGAAGCAUCCCGCCGUCAUCGACGUGGUCAAUUCCAAACGAUACGGAUUCCAUUUCAACACCAGAAGUAAGCAAAUUUCCUAUUAGCCCUAUCAUUUGCAAAUUUGUAUUCCAGAAGCUCUUCUCGCUCUUGAAAACUACUACACUCUGAACAAGCCGAUCCCGGACGACGGAUCUUCCGUCCUCGAUCUCGGAAUUUUCAUCCAGAACCUAGUCAAAUCGGCCUUCCACGUGGAACGAGACGGAAAUAAGAAUUUCAAGCUCAACGACACCUUGAAAAUGACUCUUUUUGAUUUGUAG